AUGGACUUUAUGAAACCAGAAACAGUUUUAGAUUUAAAUAAUAUUCGGCAGGCCUUGCAAAGGAUGGAAGAUACUAUAAUCUUCUAUUUUAUUGAAAGAUCACAGUUUUUCACUUGUCCAUCCGUCUAUAAAAAGGACGUUUUCCCAAUACCUAACUUUGAUGGAUCAUUUCUUGAUUGGCUCCUCUCACAACAUGAAAAAAUCCAAUCUCAGGUCAGGAGAUAUCAGGCACCAGAUGAAUAUCCAUUUUUUCCUGAGAUUGUUCAGCCAAGCUUUUUGCCAAAGGUUAAUUACCCACCAGUUUUGGCAAGCUAUGCUGAUGAGAUAAACAUCAACAAGAAUGUUUUGAAAGUUUAUGUAGACAAUAUGGUGCCGGGCAUUAGUAGUGGAUCUGGUGAUCAGAUGGAAAACUUGGGAUCUGCAGCGAUGGCUGAUAUUGAUGCCUUGCAAUCUUUAUCCAGACGUAUUCAUUUUGGAAUGUUUGUUGCAGAAGCAAAGUUUAGGAACGAGACGGAAAAAUUCACGAAGCUGAUUAAGAAUAAAGAUAUCAAGGGCAUUGACAAAGCAAUCACGAACACGGCAGUAGAAGAAAAGAUAUUAAAGAGAUUACUUGAGAAAGCUAAAACAUAUGGUGUUGACCCAACUUUAAAAUUCACCCAACAUAUACAGAAUAAAGUGAAGCCAGAAGUCGUUGUGAAAAUUUAUAAAGACUAUGUGAUUCCUUUGACUAAAAAGGUUGAAAUAGACUAUCUUAUGAGACGGUUGGAGGACGAAGAAACCACAUAA